UAUACAUUAUACUGAAACCCCACAGAUUCCCGCAGAUUUCACACUAGAAACACCCCUUUUUGUACACAUUACUUGCGUAUGUACAUGUAUCUGACGUAUCUAGGGUUUUGUGGGAUUGCAUGAUUUCAGUGCUGGGAUGAUGAUGGAAAAGGGUGGUACUGCCUGUGAAUGGCAAGUUGAUGAUUUUGAUGUUGGUAUAACCGCUGAUGAUGAUGAUUUGAGCAUGGAUAUUGAGUCUUUGUUAAGUAUUCUUGAGGAGAGCCAACCCGAUGAUUCUACAGAGAACAGGGUAAGGGAUCCAUCAUCAAGUAUCACACCUUGUAGUGAGCCAUUUUCACAUGCUGCUGUUAAUGAGCACUUCGGAACCCACAAUGGUUCACUUACAUUUUCCCCUUCAGAUCAGUCUGGAGCUUCAACUUCUGGGACUGUUUGUUCAGGUGGUUCAUUCGAAUCUGAAAGGCAGAUGGUCAAUUUUGGCAUCACAAAAAAUGAAUCUCGGCCAGAUGUCUCUUCCCUGAACUACUCUUCUGCUAGCCUUGGUGAUUGGGCGAUCCAAGUUCCUGGCAAUGGCACUCCUUACUCCCCAAAUACUGGAGUUGCUCAAGAUCUUUCAUCGUUUAGUCACCAUGACACUAGAGAAACUAAUUUUGAGAGAGCCAAUAGCAGUGAGGUAGUUGGGUUUAGUGAUUGGGAUGGUGAUCAACAACUGAUGGAUGUAUCUGAUAUAACUGAUGGAAUAUAUCAUGACUCAGUUGCAGACAGUUGUAGGACAUCAGAAGCCCAAGAUAUCGUGGAAGCCCAAUUCUUGGAUUUUAGUAGAUACUCUGACAUUGUAUAUGGUCUCCCUGAUGCAUCUUCCAUGCCAUAUUUUAUGAGCGUAAAUGAACCAUCUCGUUCUGGUCCAUCAAGGCCCUACCACAAAUCUGGUCUCUCUAUGAUUCGUAAUGACAGGAUGUUGUUUAAUGUGAAGACUGAGUCAGCAGAGCACCUGAUGCACAAUUCAUUCUUAAACAGCACAAUGAAUUAUAAUAGUCGGGCUGAGAAGGUAGGUGGAGUAUCCUUGACGGAUCAGAGCUCCUAUAUUGGACCAUAUGUUGGUGCCGAAGGCAGUAAUGUUUGUUUACCCACCGGUGAAAAUUCUGGUUUACCUGCUAAAGAGUAUGCCAGUGGAAGACGUUUUCCUGGUAUGUUUCACACGUCAAACAAAACGCUAGUGAAUUGUCUAAAGGAUGAAAAAAGUGAAAAGGGUUUGUUGCAAUCUUUUUCUGGUGUCUUUGAUUCCAUUUUAAGUAAUGAUCAUGUUAUGAAGGGAGAACAGGAUGACAUUAAGAGGUCUCGUCAUUUUAUCAAUAUCAUUGAUAACACUUGUAGGAGCAAUACACCACUGUCUGAUAAUUGUCGUUCAGGUACACAGUCACCUGAACAGUCUUUUUUCCAGUCUGAUACCUCAAUCAAGAAACAAUUAACUUACAUAAAGGAAGAUAAAGAAAGCAAUUUUUCUCCAUUCAACAAUAUGGCUCUAUUUCCCCAAAAAAUCAGCCAGCAAGCAGUUCCGAACACUACAUUUGUUCACAGUACUUAUGUUGAUGACGGUGACCCUGAUAUAUGUAUUCUAGAAGAUAUGAGUGAACCUGCACCCAAGAAACUAUAUCCAGUAGAUGGGAAAUCAGUUGUCACUGCCCAGUUUGGUGCUUCCCCAACUCAGAUGGGAUUCAAUAAUACGAGACUUAAAACGAAUGACGAACGAUUGAUUUAUCGAGCAGCAUUGCAGGAUCUUUCCCAGCCAAAAUCAGAGGCCACUCCACCAGAUGGUGCAUUAGCAGUUCCACUUUUGAGACACCAGCGGAUUGCUCUUUCAUGGAUGGUACAAAAAGAGACGAGAAGUAUGCAUUGCUUUGGUGGAAUUCUCGCUGAUGAUCAGGGACUUGGUAAAACGAUAUCAACGAUUGCCCUUAUUCUCAAGGAAAGGUCUCCGUCUUCUAAUGUUGAUGCUAUUGAAGUGAAGAAGGAAGUGACAGAGACUUUGAAUUUGGAUGAUGAUGAUGACACUGUGACUGAGCCUUGUGCGAUGGCUAUUAAUGGAAGCUCAAUCGAGCCUAAGAUUACUCCUCUGCAGACAAACAGUAGGCCAGCUGCAGGAACACUUGUUGUAUGUCCUACUAGUGUUCUUCGUCAGUGGAACGAUGAAUUGCAUAACAAGGUAAGCAGCAAAUCUAAUCUCUCCGUUUUGGUGUACCAUGGUGGAAACAGAACCAAAGACCCAUUUGAGCUAGCAAAAUAUGAUGUUGUCCUCACUACAUAUGCAAUUGUGAGCAUGGAGGUUCCAAAGCAACCACUUGUUGAUGAAGAUGAUGAUGAAACGAAGAAACGAAAUGAAUUUCAGCCAGUGGGCCUCUCAUCUACCAAGAAAAGGAAGUAUCCUCCUACUUCCGGCAAUAAUUCCAAAAAGGGUAAGAAGGAAAUCGACAAUGAACUUUUUGAAUCUCUUGCUCGUCCUCUUGCGAAGGUGAGAUGGUUUAGGGUAGUACUGGAUGAGGCUCAGAGUAUUAAGAAUCAUAAAACUCAAGUAGCUAGGGCUUGUUGGGGUCUCCGAGCUAAACGCAGGUGGUGCUUGUCAGGCACUCCUAUCCAGAAUGCCAUUGAUGACCUUUACAGCUACUUCAGAUUCUUGAGAUAUGACCCAUAUGCUGUAUAUACGUCAUUCUGCUCAACGAUCAAGAUCCCUAUCCAAAGGAGCCCAGUAAAUGGAUAUAAGAAGUUACAGGCCGUCUUAAAGACUAUCAUGCUCCGGCGCACAAAGGGUACACUUCUUGAUGGAGAACCGAUUGUCUCACUGCCACCUAAAACAGUUAAUCUGAAAAAGGUGGAUUUCACUGCUGAGGAGCGCGAGUUCUACUGCAGACUGGAGGCUGAUUCUCGUGCUCAGUUUGCAGAAUAUGCUGCUGCUGGAACUGUCAAACAAAACUAUGUAAACAUAUUGUUGAUGCUUUUGCGCCUUCGACAAGCUUGUGAUCACCCUCUACUUGUUAAAGGAUGUAACUCUAAUUCCGAGUGGAGAUCGUCUCUUGAGAAGGCAAAAAAGCUUACCCCAGAGAAACGAACUCGUCUUCUGAAUUGUUUAGAAGCUUCUUUGGCGAUUUGCAGCAUAUGCAAUGAUCCACCUGAAGAUGCCGUUGUGACAACUUGUGAACAUGUUUUCUGCAAUCAGUGCAUCCUUGAACAACUUUCUAGUGAUGAUUGCCAGUGUCCAUCCUCAAAAUGCAAAACCCUCCUUGGUACAUCCUCGGUAUUUUCUCGAUCGACGCUUAGACUUUCGACUGGUGACCAGCCUGGUCUGGGAAAUACCCCUGAUUGUUCUGGUUCAGUAAAAACUGAGGUUCUUGAGCCUUGUUCAUCCAUUGGAUUGGUUAAUUCGUCGAAAAUUGAUGCUGCUGAGGCACUUGAUUCCUCCAAAAUCAGGGCUGCUGUUGAUGUCCUGCAGUCUAUUGCCAAACCUCAGGAAACAACAACGAAUCCAGAAGAUGGUUUGAAGGAUGUUUCGGGUGUUUUUAACAUGGGCACUGUCAUCGUGCGAGAGAAAGCGAUCGUCUUUUCACAAUGGACGAGGAUGCUGGAUUUGCUUGAAUCUUGUCUCAAGGAUUCUUCAAUUGGUUACAGAAGACUUGACGGAACAAUGUCUGUUGUUGCACGAGAUAAAGCGGUGAAAGAUUUCAACAGUCUUCCUGAGGUCACUGUAAUGAUUAUGUCUUUGAAAGCGGCAAGUCUUGGGCUGAACAUGGUGGCUGCUUGUCAUGUACUUCUCCUGGAUCUCUGGUGGAACCCGACAACCGAAGAUCAAGCCAUUGAUAGAGCUCAUCGGAUUGGCCAGACUCGUCCGGUUACGGUUUUGCGAUUGACUGUUAGAGACACCGUUGAAGAUCGUAUUUUAGCUCUUCAGCAAAAGAAGAGGGAAAUGGUGUCAUCUGCAUUUGGGGAGGACGAAACGGGUAGCCGGCAGACUCGGCUUACAGUGGACGACUUGAAAUACCUUUUUCAAGCCUAAUUCUUUGUUUUUGUGGAUAUAAUGUUGGAGAUAGCAUUCUUUGAUUAACAGCAGAAUCUGAUAGAAAUAGAUAUGAAUAGCAAGAGGUUGAUAUUGUAUAGAAGUAAGAAACAGUAGGUAGGAAACAUACAAAAGUGUUUGCCUUUUUUGGAGAUAUACAACAGAACAGAAUAGAAUAGAAUAUGAAUAGAUAGAUGAAUGCUUUAGUUGAAGCAAGUAAUUGGAGUUUGUUCUGUUUCUUUCCUUAGGUGGGUGGAUGGAUGGAUUCUUGAAUGCAGCAGAGCUUUAGUGGUUGGUUUGA